UGCUCGUCCAUGUUGAAAGACUUUCCUCGUACGAUCAUCGAAGCUUGGACGAUGAGAACGUGGCCUGGAUUCCGCGGCUGGGAUUUCUGAAGCCGAAAAGGCCUUCCGGGAAAUCCAACGCGUUCUUGAAGCGUCCUACACCGUGUUCCUACGCCUGGAGCGUGCCGCUUGGCUCUACUGUUGGAUGCUGCCCAGGCGAAAGAUUCGUCCCUGGCUUCUCCUUCGCUUCGGCACUUCGGCGCUGCACGCCGACUGCGCUACGUUCUUGGCGGCCGUGACGAAAGCACUGCGAUCCGAUCGACUGCCGUCGACGCUCAGUGUGAGGAGUUUCUGCGGGACGUACUACGUCUGCCUCAUCAGCAAGUACCCGAAUCCGAGCCCGCGGGAGUACGCGGUGAUGUUCUUGGUGCUGUGGAGCGGCAAGCGCUUCGCGGCAGCGUACGCCAGGACAGGUGAGGAACAGCGAAGGCUCGCGACCGCCAUCCACGUCGCCCUUUUCGGGGAAAGCGUCCAACUGCUCGUGGGCCUCCACGCAGACCUGGACGCCGCGUUUUGUGCAGGCGUCCGAGGCGGCGGUACACACUCCUUUAUGCUAGAAAGAAACCGAAGUAUUACAGAGCGGUUCUUGGCACAACCCGAUCCGCAGCAGCGAGCAGUGGAUCACAGCUUGGCCAUGCAUAGUCAAGGUGAAACUCCGUGAUAGAAGUGCAAAUGAAGAAGUCCACUUGAAAGUUGCUUGCGUGGUGGACGAAAGCUACGCCUCACGUGUAGUUUCGCUGCAAGAUGGUCCACCCUGAGAAAACACGAGGU